AUGUAUGACCACUACAUGUUGAACGAAAAGCUUCCAAUAAGUUCAAUGUUCAUCAAGAACUAUGAAGAUGUUUGUAAGUUGUGCAAGGAUUGGACUUUAGAGAAGAAGAUGUUAGUUAACAGAAGAUAUGAAACAAGGUAUGCAAUUAACUCAAAGUUAGUUACACCACUUGCAAAAGUCAUUGAACUCUUGUUUGCUAACAAUUAUUUCGAACCAAUUAGAACAGGAGAACUUUGCACAUACUUCACAACGAUGUAUAAUGAGAACCUUGAAGAAAUGAUUGACCUCACAUACAAUGAGCGUUAUUGCGCAAGGAUGAAGAAAGAUUGGAGUUCAGAGACGAAGAAAGACAUGAAGUUCCCAAGAGAACAUGUUUUCUUUGCUGACUUCGAAGCAUCAACUGAUGGAAACAUUCACAAAGCAUACAACAUUUGUUUCAUGGAAGAUGACGAUGAUGGUUAUACAUCAAUUUGGGGAAGUGACUGUGCGUCAAAAUUCCUCGAAGCUUUACCAGAUAAGAGUUUAGUUUAUUUCCACAACUUAUCGUACGAUGUCACUUUUCUCAUGUCUCAGUUAGAAGAGAUUACAGGAACUCCAAUCAUCAAAGGUUCACAAACGAUGCAGAUACAAGGAAAGUACAAAGGAAAACUUCUCUGCUUCAAAGACUCUUAUGCAAUCAUCUCAACUAAGUUGGAAAGAUUCCCUGAAAUGUUUCACCUCACUAGUGGUGAAAAAGAAGUUUUCCCAUAUAAUUACUACACGGAAGAGUUAGUUAAUACAACUAAAGUUGGUAACAUCGAUGAUGCCAUGA